AACCAGGUAGACUUCAAUUUCAAUUUACAAAAGUAAUUUCAAUAUUUUCUGUUAACAAUAUGUCAUUCCAAAUGUUAUUUGGUUUGUCUGAAAGUAAUUUUAGGAAACAGAGCAGUAGAUCUCAUGAUAAAACUCAAAUAAGGUGCACUCAAAAAUGGCUUGAGUUUAGCCAGUGUGUUAUUCUGAUAAGGGACAUAAAGAUGUGUUUUUUGGGGGUUGGCUGUGGGAGAUGAAGGGGCUCGUGGAAGCACAAAGCAUUAGUAUUUUAUCAUCAACUGCUGAUUUGCAAAUGUUUUCAUUUUUUUCGCUCACACAAUGAAAACUGACUUAUAUUCGUUCACCUUUUUUGUCUGCGCGUGCAUCACUGGAUCCUCCUCCUCCUCCUCCUCACUUCUCCCCGGCGCGCUCCCGCUGCCGUGUCUUCCGUGAGGUUCUGCGCGGCCAUGGUGGACUCUCCUAGCGCCAUGAAGAAGACGUUUUCGGUGCCGGAGAUCAAGCCACUGGACCAGUACAACCAAAACCGGGCCAAGAUCUGCGCCAACAUCCGCUGGCUACUGUCCAAAUUGUACGGCUGUGCAGAAAAUGUUCCAGUUGAGCUUCGAGAUCCACUUUACAAGGACCAGUAUGACCAGGAGCACCUCAAGCCCUCCAUCUCUAAGCUGCUCUUGUCCCCUGACACGUACUGCCGAGCUCAGGCCCUGCUGGCUCAGGCGCCAGCAUCUCAGGGGUCUCCAGCCGACAACUCGGCUCUGCUGCAGUACUUGGUUAAGAAAGGUCUCGCCCCAAAUGUCCAGGAUGCAGUUGUCACAGAGGGAGACCUCAGCAAAAGUCCCGUUAACGUGAAAGCCCAUCUUGCCCUCAUCGACUCACUCAUGUCACUGGCUGCCAGACAAACAGUGGACAAGGUAAAGAUGGCACCGGAGGCGGAGCAAAUAGGCGUCGGAGCUCCAUGGGAGAAUGCUCUGCUCUUCUGGGUCAACAGGCUCACACAGAAGUUGAGAGAAAUCACAGAAGAAGAAGACGGGCCGCCCAAAUCACAGAACUGCACAGACUUGCAGCCCAUUCAUGACAGGUGUCAGUCCACCCGUUGGUACUGGAAACUAGUCCCACAUGCUAUCGCUUUUUGUUUGAAGGAGUCGGGGAAUAAGCCGCCAGUGAUCCGCUAUAAGAAGGACAAAGUGCUGUCCAAGCUUACGCCCACUUUUCCUCUGGUUUCUGCCGUCAAAGACCUCUCUAACGGCUGUGCAAUUGCUGCUGUGUUGUACUACUACUGCCCUAGCCUGCUACUUCUAGAGGAUGUGUGUCUGAAGGACACCAUGUCUGUGGCUGACAGCAUUUACAACCUGCAGCUCAUCAAGGAGUUUUGUGACAGCAACUUGCUGAGCUGCUGCCAGCUGGCUGUGGAGGACCUGCUCUACGCCCCCCCACCCCUGCAUCUGAACAUCCUCAGCCUCGUAGCUGAGCUGCUGGAGUGGUUUGAAAUGAAGAAACCGGAUUUUGUUCAGCCAAUUCAACCAGUUGACCUCACAGAUGUGUCCGGAGUGUUGGAGUGUACAAGUCCUGUAAAUGGGAACAGCAACAGUGGUUCUCCUGCUUUCAUCCUCAAACAGCCUUUUGUCCCCCUUCCUUCCUCUAUGUCACCAGAAAAUAAAGGUUGGACAAAGAAACAAAUCAGUCGUCCUCUGUCUGCAGUGACUUUCAGCAUCCCAUUUGGCCUGGACAGUGAUGUUGACAUUGUCAUGGGAAACCCAAUAGAUUCUGUGUUUCGCUCUGUCAGCACCGAAGACCUCACCGCCGGUGUCCCUGCAAUGACCUCACCGGCGGCAAUGAAAGGGUUGGCUCAUGUCCCCUACAGUCCACCUGAAGACAUCAGCCACCUGGUCAGUGCUUCUGCACCCCCACAGCGGUCUGCCUGGGGCCCUCAUGCAUACACUGCGCCCCUGGGGGAGCUGCCCACCAUCGAGGAAGCUCUGCAGGUUGUUCACACCCUCAGCAGCAAAGACAGGAGGAAGGGGCGAACACCUGAGAAAAAAGGGAGGAUAGGGAGCCGGCAGGAGGCCAGGUUGCGCCCUGAAGGAGCCCCUGCUGGGUUUUUUCUGCACUCCCCUGAAAAAGAAAAUCCUCAGCUAAGUAGCUCUGCUCCCUCUCGCUCAGGAAUCCCUGAUUGGUCAGCUGAUGCUGAAAAGCAAAAUAGGCGGAGCAGAUCAGGACAAAGCGGUGACACGUCGCGUGACGAUGACUCUGUUCUGCGAGAUGGUAGUAUUGAUUCCUCAGAAGCAUCUGAUGAUAUUCCCAGAAACACACCUGGUAACAUUCGACCUGCCAGUGGUCGUCAUGGAAACUCCAAUGCCAACAACAGUCCACGGAUGACCAGCUUCGCAGAACAACGAGACCAUCAAAGAAAAAAUCCUCCUGCUGGGGAAGACCACGCAUCUGCUCCAAACCCAACAACCCCUGGAACUCCGCUCACUCCUUCCACACCAGCUUCUGCGUCCUGCCAUCAGGGCAGCCAGGGUCCCAAUGCGCCAGAACCAGGCUCUGAAGCCUGGGAGCUGGCAGCCCGCCUUGAGGACAAACGCAAAAGCAUUGAAGCACAAAAAAGACGCAUUGAAGCCAUUUUUGCCAGACACAGACAGAGGCUCGGAAAGACUGCUUUCCUUCAGCUGAAAAGAGAGCAAGGAGAAGGAGAAGGGCAGACGGCGGAGGUGGACAGUCUAACGCUGGACGAGCGUCUCACUCAUAUGGAGGAACAAUUGAAAAAGGAGGAGGAGAAAGAGGGUGUAGAGAAGGAAAAAGAAAAACCAUCUGUUUCAAAUCCUCCCCGCUUAGAGAAACAAGUAACAUUCUCAAUUGAAAGCAAGAAAGGAGCUGAGACUGAAAAAGGAGGCGAGAAACCCGGAGAGGCCGUCAUAGUAGAGUACAAUGAAGUGGUGCAGAAACUGAGUGAAGCUCUGCAGUCCCUCCAGAAAGACAUGCAGAAACUCACAGAACAGCAGCAGCAGCUCAUGAGCAACCAAAGACCUAGAAACAUGCCCAAAUCCACUUCAAAAUCCACUACGCGAAACAUCACAAAAACUCCACCCAGAACCCCACCUCACACACCAACAAAGACACCACCAAGAACCCCGACAAGGACUCCUACAAGGAGCACCAGCAAGGCCUGGGUUAUUCCAACUGUGUCCAAAUCUCCUUCAGCUUCUUCGCCGUCUCGCCGUGCUCAAGUUCUCUCUUCAUCCGGCUCACCUAAAACAGUCAUCUCUUCCUCCUGUCCAGCUCCUGUCACAAAAAUGAACUCCUUCUCCUCCCGCAGUACCAAACACGCCCCCCGUGCUCAGCUUCAUCCCCAGACCAGGCCCUCUGAACUCAAGUUCCCAACACUUAACCGUGUCUUGACACCGACCCACAAUGUGGACACACUCCCUCACCUGAGGCGCGUGUCCCCCAGCAAGUGUCAAGUCCAGACUUCCUCUUCCUUCCGUAUUGGCGCUGCCCAGACUCCUCAGGAGUCUCCUCAGCUCCCACAGCAGCCUGAGGAGAACACCUCAGACACGGCUUCAAGUGAGACACCCACCCAGUUCAGCCUGGAGUUGGAGCAGGAUGAUGCAGAGGCAGUAGCAGGGCUACCCACCUUCCUUCAGUCCAGGCCGGAGCGACGGAGGCCUGCCGGAGGCAGCAGCUCCGGAGCUCCGUCUGAGUGUUCGUUUGAGAGUGAAACUCUGUCCAUUUCUGCUGCGUUCAGUGCAGAAGCAGGAAGACCUGGAAUGGCUGCAGGGCAGCCAUUCAGUCUGAAUGAGGCAUCCUUUUCAACUGCUGGAGGUCCAGAGGGAACCAGUGAUGAACCAACGGACGAGGGUCAAGAGUUUUCCUCUGACUCUAUGAGCGACCACACAGAAUCUGCAAGGCCCCCUGUUGUAGAAAGCUUGGAUCCAGUUGAACAAAUCAGUCUUGUUACAGAUGUUAGCGAUCCGCAAAUCGAGUGCAAAGAACAACACGAGGUCCUCCCAGGAACCCUUGAGCCAAGUGGAGAUCAGGCUGAAGUGGAAACCAGAGGAGGGAUUGGCUUCUUCUUUAAGGAGGAGACUCUCGGUGAAGGAGAAAUGGCCCAUCGCAGAGCAUUGCUGCUGGAGCGGCAGCAGAAGAGGACUGAGGAGCUGAAGAAGAGGAGACAGUGGAACGAGCAAGAGAGGGAAAUAAGAUCGGCAUCUGCAGACAGAAAUAUUGCAUCUCCCUCCUGCACGCCUCCCAGGGGCACAUCAUCGCCCUCCCCAACCCCUCCAGCUACACCAGCCCGCCGAGGGGACUUCACUAGAGGGGAGUAUGCACGCCGCCAACAGCUCAAAAUAAUGGAAGAUCUGGGCAAAGUUCUAAAGCAAAAGUCAACGACUCAUGGCCGCUCGUCAGCUAAAAAGGCCCGCUCACGCCCUCGCAGCAUGACCAGAGAGGAAACACAGCUGUCUCUGAGUCCAGCCAAAGGAGCAACUGGAUGUAAGUUGACAAAAGUUUACUCCCACUCCUCACUUAACCUUGCAGCCACGGAAGAGCCAGGAAACGACAAAGGUGAACCCACAAAGAAACCACAGAGCAGCUCCAUUGAUUCUCCCGCUCAAAGCACAUCACAAAACAAACCAUCAAACUCCAAUGAAGAUGAGGAAUGUGAGUCCAAUGGGACCUCGCCGGCCCCAGAAUACACAGGCCCAAAGCUCUUUAAAGAGCCAAGUUUUAGGUCAAAUAAAUUCAUCAUUCAUAACGCUCUGUCCCGUUGCUGCCUGGCUGGAAAGGUCAAUGAAACGCAAAAGAAUAAGAUCUUUGAGGAGAUGGAGAAGAGCUCGGCCAACCACUUCCUGAUCCUCUUUCGUGAUUCCAGCUGUCAGUUCCGAGGUGUGUACACUAUGAACGCUGACUCCCAGGACCUCGUCAGGUUAACCGGGGUGGGUCCACGGACGCUCUCCUCCAACCAAGUGGAGUCCAUCUACAAAUACAGCUCGGACAGGAAGCAGUUUAGUGCCAUUCCUUCAAAAACAGUGGGGAUGAGUGUGGACGCCUUUACCAUCCCCAGCCAUCUAUGGCAAGGAGGAGGAGGCACCGGCGGAGGAGGAAGCAGGAGAGCCAGUAUUAACAAGAAGGUGGCCAUUGUAAAAUGAGGAGCAGAAAAUAAAAAUAAAAAAUCUUCAUAGGACAAGGAAAACUUAUCAAACAGAAAACUAGUAACACGUGCACACAAAUGAGUCUGUGUGUUUUCUCUCCUUAGGUACAUUUAUUCUCCUUUGUGUCCAUGAAAAUGUUGAUCGCACAACUAUCAGAGAGCAGAAGACACAGAAACGUCCCGUUAAUUGACUUCAUUCAGAAGAGUCACUUAUCUGUGUCUUAUAAAACAAUAUACUUUAAUUAUUUAAAGUACAGAUUUUUUUUCAAGACUAAAAGUGUGUCUUUUUUUAGUUGUGCACUAGAAAACUUUCAUAGAAGCACCUUUGCUGCCCCACUUGGAUUCUUUACAUCAUAAGCAGUUUUAUAGCAACAGCCAAACAAACCUGAGCGACUGACUGGACUAUUAUUUUGUACGAACCAACUUGAAAGUGGGUUGAAGCCAAGUUUCUUCAUGAGUGAAAGAUAUUUAUGAAGAGAUAUCAAUGGUAUCUGUCGUUCACUAAAGUUGUCAGUGGUUUUCUGAGAUUUCUACAGCAUGAAUGCCUAUUUGCUGUGUGUGGUAUAAGCUAAUUUCAAACUAAAAUGAUGUGGUUUGCUGAAACUGGUGAUAUGUAAGCAAUGGAGGCCAAUGAAAAUCUCUUUUGUACAUUAAACUUAUAGAAAAGGCUAAAUCA